UCUUCACGGGAGGAUUUCACAUCUUCGUCUCGCUCGGCUCGAUGUAAACUCCUCGAUAGUUUGUUAAAUCUCCUCGUGUGUUUCCGGACAGGCUCGGUGUUGACAUGGAGGCGGGAGCUCGGCGGUGACACAGGAGCUCCGGUUAGCGACAUUUCUCUCCAACGUCAAACUGGAAUAUACGUCACGAAAAGACGUGAAAGUCUCUCACACCGGGGUUCUCUCCCGGUCGGUUGUUUCCCGUUAGCUCGGCUCCGUCGGUGGCUCUGUGGAUUAGUGAGUGAAGAAAAGUGAAUGACAACAUGCUGCCAUCGUCAAACCGCUGGACUCAUCACAGAGACUUUCUGCAAACAGCGUGACACAGUUGUAUGUGAUUCCAUGCUCCUUAAUGCCAUUGUUGGCAUCUAAUGGAAGAAAAAGCAUCGAUCAGGUCCACCAUGGUAUCUAGAUUGCCCAAGUUUGGUGGACGCCCAACCACUAAUGGUGCUAAUCCCUUGUCCAAUGGUUCUACCCAGCCAACAACCCCUACCCAGUGUGGUAAGAGCACUCCCCCAGCAGCAGAGCCAAACAGUCUGAUCCGUGCCUCUCCUUUUUCCUUGAAAUGGAAGAGAGAUGAUAGGACGACCAUCUCCAGCUCCACCAGCUCUGGGGACAGAGAUGAAGACAAGAUUCAGACACAGCGUCCCUCGUUGGCAAAAGAGGUAAAGAGCGGGACUCAGGGGACUCCCAAGAUUCGAAGGUCAGGUACUUUGAUGGUUGCUGUGUCUAGCCCCAAGGCAAUUCCUAAGCAAUCUUCUAAGAUGAGUCCGAAAGUAGGAACCAAGCUAGGCAAAAGCCCAAUAAACGGAGGUCCUAAAAAUGGUCUCACUGGCUCCAGUAUUCCUGGGUCAGAUUUGCGCCUUGUGCGGCCAAGGUUAGGCUCUAGCACUCCCAGAAGCAGCUCCCAAGACAGUCUGUCCCAGUCCAGCGACAGCCUGAAGACCUUGGCACUGGACAACAUGGUGCGUUCAAAUAGCUUCACUCACUUCAAGCAGAUUCCCUCUCCUACAACCCAAUCAAUGACACGGUCCUUCUCCUUUAACCGAGCUGUGGAGCUCGCCAAGCCUCUGGCCAACACCCAGCUCCGACCUCCUCGCAGUACUUUCCUCAAACCCCCUCAGCUGAGCAAUGGAAGAGUUGGUUUAGGACUUGGAGGCCUGAAUGGUAGCCUGGGAGGUUCAGGGAGUCUAGAUGGAGGACUGCAGUACAUCAGAACUCCUCCUGCUGCCUCCUCUCUGCCUACCUUGUCUAUCCCGUCAACACCCUCUACUCCCAGUGCUCUGAAGAAGCCUCUGUUCCCCAGUUGUGUGCUGACCAAGUCACUGGGCAGCAGUGUGGGGACUCUGGGUUACAAGCUAGCUCGAUCUGGGCAGGCCAAGCAGCAGAAGCCUCUUUUUCCAGGUAAAGUCAAGGGGGAUAUCAGAACUUCUGCUGCCCCUGAGUGUGGAGAGUCAUUAGACAUAGAGCCACAUGGUGAGGCUGAAAAAGACUCUCACAGUGACAGUGAUGGAAGCUCUGGAGAUAGAGGGGCCAACGGAGCAGGAAAUGGUGUGGACAUGCAAAGCUCGUGCCAGGCUGCAGGGGAGACUCUGGAGGACAUGUCCUUAUCUUCCGCCUCAUCUCUAGACAGAGGAGACACCAGUGAAGAGUUUUUAGAUGACGAUAGUAUGGGAGAUGUGCUCAGUGAUGGGGACAUGACUGACUACAGGACAGCUGGCACCACUACCCAAACCCGUCUAGACAGCUUUCUCAACGAGACCAUUGACUGGGACAGUAUGGAUCUGGAAGAACAUAAAGAAGAAAGCCCUAUGGAGGACUCCCAGGGACCACUAGUCUUGUCUCCAGAGCAAGGUGAUGUCCCCCAGGCCUCAUCUGUUGAGCUGUCACCAUCCAACAGCUCUGGUGGAACUUACAUGUGGGACGAGGAGGGUCUUGAGCCUCUUGGGGGACCCGGGACUCAUCCAUUAGACAGCUAUGAUAAUUCAGAGCUCAACAGCAUGGAUAUCCUGAACAACCUGGACCCUCGGGGAACUGGAGAGCUGGCUGAUGAUGACCUCAUGCUUGAUGUGGACCUGCCAGAGGAUGGCUUACAUGACGUUGGCAGGAUGUCUCACAUCGAGCGCUCGGAGAGGGCCGGUCGGCAGGGGCAGCGGCGUAAACACCACCGCUGGAGUGGACCAGAUCACUUCCACAGUGACAGCAGGGCCCACGUCUUCCAGCACUAUGAUGGACUCAAGUCGUCCAGGAUCUCCUCACGUCCCUCCCUCUCUGAAGGCAGGCAGCAUGGCUACAUGGCGAUGCUGGAUGAACUCACAGUCGAACACAUGAAUCAAGAUUGUAGCUCGCUGAAGAACCAGCUGCUCCGGCUCAAAACUUUAUUACAGCUUGAGGACACAGAUUCUCCUGCAGAUGCACCUGAGGAGAUUGAAGACAGUCCCACUGCAUCACAGUUGGUAGAGCUGAUUAAGGAAGUGCAGGAGCUCAGAGAGGAGCUGAGGAGUCGAGACAAGACCAUCGCUCAGCUCACGUUGCAGUGUCAACAGCUGCAACAACAACAACUGCGGGAACAAAUGGCUGUUCAAGGACGUCAGGCCAGGUGUCAGUGCCACCACCAGAGGGCUCCCGCUUCACUACGACAGAGCGACAGGCAGACGGACAAACGGACACAGCAUCACUAUGACAAGGCCACCCAGACGUACUGGAGACCCCCCAGCCAUGCUCCUCAAAUACUACAGCCUUCCAACCACUGCCUCAACGAGCACCUCCACCAGGGAAGAAUAGUAAAAACUCCCCCCACCGAGGGCCACAGUGAUCUCACAAGGAGUAGAUCAGUGGAAGGAACCUGUAUAGAUGCUGAUCGUCGCCUUCAAGGCCUUAGGGCAGAUGUGACUGGCCCAGUGUACCACGACAAGCGGAGUCAUCUCCUCAGCAACCACCUACACUGCCCGGGCUCUGGGGCUCCACGGGGGGUAACUGCUAGAGACAGUCCAACAUCAGAAGCUCUGUCUGCUGGACAGCAUGAGGGUAGAGCCCCCACUGUGAUGCUGCAGAGCUCCGUCACUCCUAGAUCUGCUGGUCCCACUUACCCUCGCCUGCUGCAGCCUCCUCGUCUUCACAAGCGCGUGUCUCUCCCUGCACUCAAGCCAGGGGGCGCUGGUGGCUUUGCCUCUUUGAAGCUAGGGUCUUCCUUAGGGCCACUGGCCAAGCAGCUGCCCCCUCCCUCUAGAGGCCUUCCCUGCUUUAGCGCUGGACCCCAGGUGCCGGCUCCAAGUCUCCGUCGCACUUCACUGCUUCAGCCUCGCAGAGCAUCGGACCUUUGCAGGGAUCAACGGUGCAGCGACUCCCCCCUGGAGGAGCCUGACCAGGGGACGCUCAAAGACCCAGGGUCAGAAAAGAUCCAGAUCUCUUUGAGCCGAUCAUGCCUACCCAAGCCAAAGAUUCCCUGAGGAGCUAAAUCCAACAAUCAAAACCUAAAACUGGAAUCAAUCUGACAUCGGUAUUCAUCCCCUUCUUCCCCUCACCCUGGUCACAGUGAGAUUGUUUUACCUUUUGAGUGUCAAAGAACAUACACUGAUCGAGCCGAUCAACCCAUGUGGACCAUUCAGGGGCUGCGUGUGUCGGUGGCUUUGGUACUGCGACUCCUGUACAGUACCAUUUCUAAAUUAGCUUUCACAUCUCCAGCCUGACCGAUCGAUUGAAAUGUAGUUUGUUGCAGGAUUGUACCUUCACAACAAUCCUCAAUCCUAAAUGGCAGUUUUCAGGAAGAAGAAAUGUCCAGUUUACUAGUUUUGCACAUGCUCAUGAAUGCUGCUUAUGCAAAAAAAAGAGUAUUAUCAUUCAGAGAGAUUCAGCCUUUUGUUUUCUUUUUGUAAAACCCGCUGGCUGUUACCACAUUUUAAAGUCUAAGUUCACUUGUCCACACACAGCUGUGCCCUCUGACACACAGGGGUGUUCAGUUUCUAAGCACUGAGGUGACAUGAACGUGACCUUUGCCGUGUAAUGGAAGGCCCAGGGGAAUAUGGAGGCAAAAACAAAAAGCGAGAAAGAAAGAAGAGAAAGGACAAAAAUACAACAACAGUGGAAGUGAAAUAGGCACCAGAGACUGAAAAGCAAAUUUGUUAAAUCAAGCUGUCACUACAAAAAUGAAAAUGUGUUUGUGCAAAUAUGUGUGAGAGAUGAGAAAGCGAGGAAAAGGGAAAGUGGAGAGCAGAUCGACACUGUAGGUGCAUAUUUGUUUCUGUUCAGCCGAACCUCACCUCCUCGGUACAACUCUAAACCUUGCAACUCAGAUGGAAACCUGGUCCUAUAAAAAAACAAAACAAUAUCACCGGUGGCGGAGAUAUAAUGAGGACAGAAAGUACACGAGUGAGGAGCUGGCUUUCAUAAUGUAGAAAAGAGCAGGUAAUGAAGCACUCACACACUUAAAGUUAGCUCAGGUACAAAUAGGCUCACUCACACUCUGCCAACACACACAAUGUGUUCAUACUCCAAAGUGUGUUAUUUUACUUUGUGCAUUUUUCGAUAUAGAACACAGUGAGGAGUAACAGGAAGCUUGAUGAAAGAGCAGGCAGCGUGCAAACAGGCUCAUAUAUCUUCCUCGCUAUUUAAGUGCUUUAGUGGACAAUCACAACAGGAAAGAAAAUCUGCGGGUGAUGUGAGGAAACUUAAAUUUGUUUGGAAAGUGCUGAGAACUUUUAAAGUUGGUUACAUCCGCUGCCUCGUUUUAAGACAUCACGAUUUGAUGCAACAAAAAAAAAAAGAAAUAGUCAAAAAUCAGGUGGAAAAAUGACUUAAUUGAUGGUUUAUGAGAAAAAAUAUUUUUGAGUCAAUUAAAUAACUCUUUGAACUUCUGAUCUAAUCAUUAGAUGUGUGAAGCUGCUGCCUGGUGUGUGUAUGCGUGUGUAUGCGUUUGUGUGCGUGUGUGUGUGUGUGUGUCUGAGCUGUUUCCCCUCCUUCCCCUGUCUCUCUUCUCCUCUCGCUCUCCUGCACAUCUCUUUGGGAACAUCAAACGUAUUAGUGGGUUAUUUUUAGGUAGGGAGCCUUCGGGGCUUUACAGGUGUUUCUCUGGGAGUUUUGUAGAAUCGAGUUUAUCUCUCCUUUGCGGAGCCCUUUUUGCAGUCAAACGCUCCCGAAAUGUCCCCUAUCGGAGAGCAGCAGUGUGUUAAAAAGGCCUUCUGACAGCAACUCUGCUCUCUUCUCUGUCACGCCGCGUGACCGCUUGGUGUACGCCUCUGGCACUGUCCGGUCUACUGCGUCCGAUAAUGCACCCUACAUAGACAGAGUGAGACAGAGAGAGAGAGAGAGGGAAACACACACGCAUACACAUCGAACAGGAAGUCUGGCAAAACUCAAAGAGACACAAACUCAGUAGGAGCACACACAUCAGUUCACCCCCCCACACACACACACACACUUUGGAUGCUACACCAAAGUGUGUUAGUGUUGUUUUGGUUGCGCUCACAAAAUGAGCUCUCCGAGUCCACAUUGAUCCAUUUCUCUGCUGUGGCCCCCCAAAAAAAUGUCUGUCUCUAGAUUACCCUGGAAAUGGGUAGAGGCUUUUGUGUGAGAGUGUUUGUGAGUGUGCCUGUUUGUUUCCGAGUGUGGAUCCAUGCGGCUGAUAAAACAUGUUUACCUGUUGUGUGGCUCAACAUUGUGCCAAAGCAUUCAGGCAGUCCACACUGCUCUGUGAAGCCAAAAGAGAAAAGAAAAAAAACAAGCCCCUCAUUUAUUUUAAUGAAACGGAUGCGGAGACAGAAAGAUACAUACAGAGGAUUAGGAAGAAGAUGCACAGCGGGAGACAAUAAGACGGAGCGGCAGGAAAGAGACUAGAUUAAGAGAUGCCGUGAUAAAACUAGUGAGGGCUAUGAUCAAGAUGAACAGGUUCUGGCAGUCGUUGUGACUGUUUGUCUAUAAAAUCUUGUGAAUGUGUGUAGAAGGGGGGGAUGGAAUGGAAUACAUAGCAUAGUUUGUUUGUGUGCACUGUUGUCCAGAGAAUAGACCAAUCGCCUCAGCUGUGUCACUCACUGCUUAGUAAUGCCAAACAGGAAAUCAAUGUUGCCUGCUGUGUGUUUAUCUGUGUGUGUGUGCAUGUGUGGUGUGUCUCCAGACACCACUGGCUGCCAGUGUUUAAUUAUUGUGUGUGUGUGUGUGUGUGUGUGUGUG